UAGAUGAGUCUGGUCUUUUUUGAAUAUUUUUGACCACGAUUUUGCGGAAAAAAAAUUUCGUCUUUUAGGUGUAAUUUGUCUGUUGUAGAAAUUAUAAGUGACUCGGUCAACUAUGGUUAAAGAUUCUUUAUAUAGAAUAUUGUAGAGUAAAUCAAGGGCUAUUUUUCUAUACAAAUACAAGUUGGAUUCUCGUUUGCAUAUGGAGAAAAAAAUACUGAAAACAUCGCUGAUAUCGUCUUUUAGGUACAAUGUAAAAAUAAUUUCUUCCUAUUUAAAUGAUCCAUCCAUAAGGAUUAUUCAUAGAGUAUUUUAUUCAGUUUUCCAAAAAUAUUAUGUGUUCUAACAACGACGUCCUCUGAUGGAAUCUCAAAAUAAGCAACGUUAAAUAAUUAAAUUUAUUUCAAUACGUAAAUAUAAUAUUUCAAAUAACCAUUGAUCUGUAUGUUUUGUUUUGUACCUUUCUUGUACAUACAGAUCAAUGGUUAUUUGAAAUAUUAUAUUUACGUAUUGAAAUAAAUUUAAUUAAAAGUAUGUCGAAUUCAAACUCAAAUUCUUAUUUGUAUAAACAAAAAUUAUUUAAAUUAUUAUUUAAAUUAAAACAUUUAUUAUUAUUAAAUUAUUCAAAUGAUGAAAUAGAUAAUAAUAUGGAACAUAUAUUUCAACUUUUAGAUACAUUUGGUUAUUCAGUAAUAGAAUAUAUUGAAUGUACAUCAUCUUCUUCUAAUAAUAAUCAUGAAUUAGAUAUACAUGAUAUUAAAUAUUUAAUUGACAUAUUCAAUCUAUUAAUCGAAUGUGAAAUAUAUUGUUGUUUUAAUGAUAAUAAUCUAUUAAUAAUAGAAAAAUUACGAUUAAAAUCAUUAUCAUUAUGGAAAUUAUCAUUAGAAAAAUUAAAAUUAACAAAAUAUUUGAAUAAUAAUAUAAAUUUAUUUAAAUAUAUUUCAAAUGAUGAAAAAAUGAUAAUUGUCAAUUAUUUAUAUAAAAUAGAUGAAGAUAAAGGUAGUUUAAUAAUGAAACAAUUAUUAGAAUUAUUAAAAAAUAUU